AUGGCAUUGUUCAUGGGUGGAACCAAAUGUGCACCUGUCCAUCUGGAGAAUUUUACCACCAAAGGAUGGGGACUGCUUCAUCACGCAGGCUUCUUAACAUAUCUGCAUCACGAUGCAGAGGGGACACUGAUGUGGCUUAGGAUGGAGGUUGGUAUCAAGUUCUGGGUCAUUUUCUGGUUGAGAAGUGGAAGGAGCGAUCAUAUUCAACUGCAGAACCUCUCUGUCAAACUUGCAGAUUAUACCAGGAAUAUCACAUGGAUUCAGAAGAACUGUGAUGUGGAGGUCAUCACGCUUAUGCCAGGAGCAUGUUUCCUUUACAAGAGACCACUUCUUAGUCUGUGCAUGAUGGCAACAAAGGGACAACAAUACUGUGUGAAGGGCAGUAGUGCACAGUGCGCAGAGGAUACCGAGACUGCACCACCAACCAGAGAUAUUGCUGACAUCAUCUAUCAGCAUUUUGGCAUCACAAAGCAGGUGCGCACCGGCGAUAUCCUAUACACUGAUGACCAGUUUGACCCAGGUUCUGAGAUCGAUCAUGUUGAGCUACUUCUAUGGUUUCAACAGAUGAUGCACCUAUAG